UAAUCCUCAACAAAAACAUAUUCUGGGAAUCUUCUCUUGAGUCCCAUAGUCUAUCAAUUUUCAGAUAUAUUCUCACAUAUCUCUGUACCCUUUUCAUCUCUUCUUCUCAAGAACCCAAUCCUUCCUAGCCCAACCAACAACUUGCAUUCACAAGACAGUGCAGCAAGUAGUCUACAGCUUACCAUUCUAUUUCGGCACAAAGUGCAUUUCUCACUACAACUAGAAUAAUUAACUUCCAAUACUAUUAACAUGUGUGUUCAAGAUUCAGAGCAAGUUAGGGACGGAAUGGAGAACUGUUCCGAGAAUCAGGAAAAUUCCAAGGCUUGGCCUUUGCAUUCUCCUUUGGUAUUUUCUCCCAGUGAAGAUGAUACCUCACCCCAGAUUGACAAUUGGGAGAAAGGCACAAUUUUGGAUCAUGUUCCGCUGAGGAAUUCCUUUCCACUGGAAAGCAUUGGUGAGGAUACCGCUUUUACAGAAAGAAAACAGAUCUCCAUGAAUAACUUUUUUCCUGCUCUUCGGUCAGGAGAGUUCUCUGACAUUGGACGUCGUCCUGAUAUGGAGGACACUCACAUCUGCAUUGAGGACCUAGCUAAGAAAUUUGGAUGCCAGAAAAUUGGUGAGGAAGCUAUCUCCUUGUAUGGUGUAUUUGAUGGACACGAUGGGAAGGAUGCAGCACAAUUUGUACGUGACCAGUUACCAAGGGUUAUUGUGGAAGAUGCAGAUUUUCCUUUAGAACUUGAGAAAGUGGUUACAAGGUCUUUCUUGAAAACAGAUGCUGCAUUUGCAAAUUCAUGCUUUCUUAAGCCUUCCCAGUCCUCUGGCACAACUGCACUCACUGCAAUGAUAUUUGGGAGAUCAUUGUUAGUAGCGAAUGCUGGAGAUUGUAGAGCUGUUCUUUCUCGUCGUGGAGUGGCUAUAGAGAUGUCAAAGGAUCAUAGACCUUGUUGCAUGAAUGAAAGGAUGCGAAUCGAGUCUUUGGGGGGGUAUAUUGUUGAUGAUUAUUUGAAUGGGUCAUUAGGUGUAACUCGAGCAUUGGGUGAUUGGCACAAAGGUCUGAAGGAAGGUGACAAGGGUGGUCCAUUGACUGCAGAACCAGAACUCAAGUUGUUGACACUGACUAAAGAAGAUGAGUUCCUGAUAAUCGGUAGUGAUGGUAUAUGGGAUGAUUUUAGAAGCCAGAAUGCAGUAGAUUUUGUGAGGAGGAGAUUGCAAGAACAUAAUAAUGUGAAACAGUGCUGCAUGGAAAUGGUGAAUGAAGCAAAAAAAAGGGGGGCCAUAGACAACUUGACAGUAGUAAUUGUUUGCUUUCACUUGGAGCCCCCACCUUCAAUAACAGUGCAAAGGACUAGAUUCAGGCGGAGCAUUUCGGCGGAGGGGAUUCAGAAUCUUAAAAUUCUGCUAGAAGGGUAGAGCCACUAGCUUCUAACCGUCUGAUUGAUUAGAGGUCCAUCAUACCCAAUAUAUUACGGUGCUGUUGCUGAUGAUGAUGAUGAUGAUGAUGAUGAUAAAAUAAUUGCAUCUGUAAAUACAUUUUUACUAGAUAGGUACUUUAGUAUCGGUAAAGUUCUAGGAAAAGAGUGAAUGACAUUAUGGGGAGAUGACUUCUCUCGUGUAGAUGAGACAACCAUUGAGAUGUACACGAGUCCAACGAUUCUUCAACUUUACUGUCCUCUAAUCAUGUCAAUUUCCUACGCGUGCCUUGGAUUUC